UGCGAGCUUUGCGUGCCCCUGUAGUUCUGAUUGAGAAACCCCGAGCGCCAAGCUGCCAACGCCCGGCACAGACACCCAAACAGCGGAACGAUACGAUCUUGUUGAAUGAGAACAGUGGAUUCUAACAGAGAGCAGCUAUGCAGACGAUUAAGUGUGUUGUAGUGGGGGAUGGUGCUGUUGGUAAAACAUGUCUCUUAAUUUCGUAUACAACCAACAAAUUCCCAUCGGAAUACGUACCAACGGUCUUUGAUAAUUAUGCUGUAACGGUUAUGAUUGGUGGUGAACCAUACACCCUAGGAUUAUUUGAUACUGCAGGUCAGGAGGAUUACGAUAGGUUGCGACCUCUGAGUUAUCCUCAGACAGAUGUGUUUCUAGUCUGUUUCUCUGUCGUUUCACCUUCUUCUUUUGAAAAUGUUAAAGAAAAGUGGGUACCAGAGAUCACUCACCACUGUCCAAAGACUCCAUUCCUGCUGGUUGGGACGCAGAUUGACCUGAGAGACGACCCGUCAACAAUCGAGAAACUCGCCAAGAACAAACAGAAGCCCAUCACUCCCGAGACUGCAGAGAAACUGGCCCGGGACCUGAAGGCAGUCAAAUACGUGGAGUGCUCUGCCCUCACGCAGAAAGGACUAAAGAAUGUGUUUGACGAGGCGAUAUUGGCAGCCCUGGAACCGCCGGAGCCCAAGAAGAAGCGCAAGUGUGUGCUGCUAUGAGCGCCUCCCUUCCUCCUCUCCCUUCCCUGCGAAGCUGUGCUCAGCUUUUUAAUCUAAGCAAUGUUUAAAAAUGAACAACUCAGAUUUAUUCUGCAAUAAAGAUGAAAAAUUGCCCUUCACGCACAAGAAGUGUGACAAUUAGCCUACCCAUACAACCCUCUUCUUUUUAAUGUAACAUUGUAGUGGUCCAGAUAUAUUCUUGUUAAUGAUUUAUAUCAGGUACACUGAUCUGAACUAUUUUUAUUUUAUUUUCAGUUUUUAUUUUAAGAGCCGCCUGCAGUGAUUCAAUCCUUUGCAACAGUUUUUUUUAAUUUGUGAUAUUGAUCCUAAGUGCCACAUUGGAAUGACCAGGGACUGAAGCAUAUACAGCAGAAAACUAGCCUUUUAAAUUUGACCAAUUAAGAGUGAGAUGAUUUAAAAGAAAAAUAAAAGUGGGGUAGUGAAUCCAUUCUUGCCAUCUGAUAUAAGUUUGGCUUUUUUUGAAGAGGUCUUAGCCUGCCUCUCCUCUGUGCUCGAUACCCUGUAGACUGAUUGGUAUUCAACUGUUGAACAGUGGUAAGAUUGGAACAAGUCACUGUAAAGGAGGCUUGCACAGUGUUAAGCUGAGCUUGAGAACAGAUCAGUGGUGUUCAACACUGUCUUCCCUUGCAGGAUAGUGCUGUGCCCAGCAAGCGCAUAAGCACUUCUAUAUUCCUCAACUGAUCCAGGAGGUGUGUAGGCUUGGGUUUUAGUUAUAGUAGUUCCUUACCUUUACUUGCUGAAUAAAUACGAUUUUAAUGAAGUGCAUGGAAAUUUUGAAUGCCGUUUAUUUUUGUUCGUCUGUGAAACUAUUGUAGAAUUUUGCAAACCUAACAAAAAAGCAAUGAAACGAUAACAAAGAGUAUUUAAGUUGACGAGGGAGGGGGAAUCGGAUGUAUUUUGCACAGCGGUGAAACUUCAGUAUUGAUGCAACAAGUGGUAUUCUAAUGUGGUAACUGGGACCAGAUGGGGAUUUGCCAGUACUUGUUAUAAUGCAUGCGUGCAACCUCCGGUUCCUGUGGUUACAUUUUAAUAUUAAUAAUAAUAAUGAUGUAAACAGGUAAAGUUGCUGUUGUAGACUCCAGUGUUAUGCAUUUUUACCAAAACUUUAGAUUUUUACUUUUGAGCUGUUUUCCAUUUUAUAAAGGAACUUUCACCUUUCACAAACUUUAUCUUGUAACCUCUUUGGUAUUAAACCAAAGCUUUGUUGUUUUUUUGUCUCAGUUCUUGUAUAUGCAUUCUUUUCAAAAAUAUUAAACUUAUCUUAAUGGCC